AUGCAACGUGGAGAAGAACCGAAAGAACGGCCUGUCAGCGCCGGAGCGACCUGCUCGCGCUUCUGUCGCACAGCAUCAGCUGCCAGAUCAGCCGUUCGUCGGGUUUCGGUGCUCAGUGUGGCCGGUGAGCACCUCGGUCUGGGCGGGGAACGGAGCCUGUCAUUCUGUCUCGUGGGGGCCGCCGCGGCCCAUCAUACGAUGGGUCAAGGUCGAUGGGCCAAGACCGCAAAGGGAUUGGCGUCGAUGAAGAGAGCACCAGCAAUGGCAGCGUUUGACAUAGCCCAGAUCCCACACUUGCACAACCAUCGCAGCGAAGGCGGCGAUGACUAUGCGAUGAAAUGUCUCAGGUUAUCCAGAGGAUCAGAACCCAAGCACUUGAGAUGGCGGCCCCCUAAAACCAGAGCCCAAGGUUGGCUCACAUGGGAGAUGCAGCCAGUCGUGUGCCUGCCACGUCGUCCACUUGGCUGUCUGUGA